AUGCUGCUCUCCCGCCCACGCCUCCUCCUCUCCCCCCUCCGCCAACCCUGCUUCCUCCUCCCUCGCCAAUCCCUUACCCCCAAAAGCAUCAGCAGAACAUACAUCGCCGCCCCCAAACCCGGCAGCGGGCCCCUCCUCACCCGGCGCUCCGACCGCGCGCUCCCUUCCCUCGAAAACUCCAGCAGCAAAUGGCUCAAAUCGCUUCCCAUAUUCGCCGUCAUCAUGAUCGGAUCCUGCUUGGCGAUUUUCAAUUAUCAGAAACAGAGCUCCUCGGUUGUGAGUUCUACGUUAUAUGCUUUACGCACGAAUCCUACGGUCCGAGAGGUGCUGGGCGAUGAGGUGUAUUUUGCGAGUCAGAUUCCGUGGAUUCGGGGCGAGUUGAAUCAGAUGCAGGGCAGAAUUGAUAUUCGAUUUUGGGUUAAAGGGAGUCGAGGCGUGAAGGGUUUGAUGAGGUUUAGGAGUGUGAGGAAGAGUAGGAUGGGGUUGUUUGAGACUACGGAUUGGAGCUUGACUUUGGAAGAUGGGACAGAGGUUUCUUUGCUGGAUUCUGCUGGACCGGAUCCGUUUAAGCAGCAGCAGCCACUGGACUCAUGAGAGGGCUGAGAAUAUUACUCAUAGCAGCAACAGCAGUCACUGGAAAUAUGAGAGGAUGAGAACGUCUGUGGAUCUGGUGUGCCCUGGCCUCGGCGCUGGCACAUGCACCUGUUCGAGAAGAGCAUCUCUAUGCUUGUGGGACGCUACAGGAUAAAAUUGGUAUCCAUUACAGCGCCCAGCCGCCAACCUGUUCCGCCCCACCUCUGCACUGCCAUUCAGAGUGCCUGGCGUCCUAGGACUCUGAUGUUCCGGGUGGCUUAAGAGACGGCUGCACGAAGAAAGCGUAAACCAGUACGCGGAUGGCAGCUUCAGAGACGGACAAACCGCAUGCACGAAGAAGGCGUAAACAGUGCGGACUGGCAACCUAGAAGAGACGAAAUGGGGAAAGCUAUACCUACUCGUGUUUUAGAGACUACUGCCACAAUCUCCAUAACACGAAUAGUAGAUAAUCAUGCGGCUGCACUGCGCAGAGCACAUCACUUCGAAUUUGACGAUGGCGUGGAAGAUAUCGUCACCUAGACAAUGCACCUGGUUACAUUACUCUUCACUCAAUACAAAAGCAAGCCGACUACUUGUCGGGACAAGAAGUUGUAAGAUAGUACGAGGGAUAAAUGGCACGAUGGCUAUAGCCUGAGUGAGCAAAGAUAUCAUGCCGGUGCUGC